UCUCAAUCGGAAGGAAGCUAAUAACUGCAGGCGUCCGUGGCAGCGUCAUCUGCGAACUUUCUCCGUUCAGCUUCAUCCCUUUCCAAGCGGCGUUCUCGUGCGGUUAGCUGACGAAAUCUCCGCUCUGCUGUUUGUUCCUUCUUCGUCGAGGUUCACUGCUGGCGAGACUUCCAACGACAAUUCCUGCUCCGUGGAGAAUUUUGGCUUCUUCAGUCAACGAUCUCCCGGUUCAGCGUCCGGAAACAAAAUCGAAAUCUAGCUCCUUCGAAAUGUCUGACAUAUCAUCCUUGAAUUCUUAACUGGGCAACCGUUUCUUCAGGAACCAAGUAGUUUGGGCUGACAGAAUCUUUGGUAGACAGGUUUGUCAGAAGGCAUGCCUUCUCUUCAGCUUUUGCAGUUGACUGAACAUGGCCGAAGCCUUUUGGCUUCAAGGAGAAAACAUAUCUUGCUUGCAACUGGUAUUAUUGUUGCUGGUGGAUCAGCUGCUGCAUACAUGCGGUCACUGAGGAGCCAUAAGAUGUACAACCCUGUAGAUCAGUAUAAUGGCACAGUUGGUGAUAUAGAAGAGUUAAAUGCAUCUACUGGAAUGAGAGAUAGUGUUUUAAAGAAAAACAAGACAAAAAAGGGAGGAUUGCGGUCCUUAAAGGUUUUAGUGGCAAUUCUUUUAUCUCGAAUGGGCAACUUGGGAACCAGGGACCUUUUAGCUUUGAUUGUCACAGUGGUACUCCGAACUGCUGUGAGCAAUAGAUUAGCAAAAGUACAAGGCCUUCUUUUUCGUGCUGCAUUCCUUCGACGCGUGCCAUUGUUCGCCCGCCUCAUUUUUGAAAACAUUUUAUUGUGUUUCCUCCAGUCAGCGUUGCAUUCUACUUCAAAGUACAUAACAGGAACCUUAAGUUUGCGGUUUAGGAAAAUAUUAACACGGCUUAUUCAUGCACAGUAUUUCCAGGAUAUGGUAUACUACAAACUAUCUCAUGUAGAUGGCCGCAUAACGAACCCCGAACAAAGAAUUGCGAGUGAUGUACCAAAAUUCUGCUCAGAAUUGAGUGACCUUAUACAGGAGGAUCUGGUUGCUGUUACUGAUGGAUUACUGUACACUUGGCGUUUGUGUUCUUAUGCAAGCCCAAAGUACUUGUUCUGGAUAUUGGCCUACGUUUUUGGGGCUGGGGUUGCAAUAAAAAAUCUCUCCCCUGCAUUCGGGAAACUAAUGUCAAAAGAACAGCAACUAGAGGGAGAGUAUAGGCAGCUUCAUUCACGAUUAAGGACACAUGCAGAAAGCAUUGCAUUUUAUGGUGGGGAAAGAAGGGAAGAUUAUCACAUUCAACAGAAAUUUAAGACUCUUAUUCGGCAUUUGAGGGUUGUUCUUCAUGACCAUUGGUGGUUUGGCAUGAUUCAGGAUUUUUUGCACAAGUAUCUUGGUGCUACUGUUGCUGUUGUCCUAAUUAUUGAACCCUUUUUUUCGGGACACCUCAGACCAGAUGCAUCCACAUUAGGAAGAGCAGAGAUGUUGAGUAAUCUGAGAUAUCACACCAGUGUAAUAAUAUCUUUAUUCCAGGCUCUUGGAACACUUGCAAUUAGCACAAGACGACUUAAUCGUCUAAGUGGCUAUGCAGACCGUAUUCAUGAGCUCAUGGUAAUAUCACGAGAACUUGGUGCCCAUGAUGCAUCUAUAAUGCAAAUGGAUGGGGAUAGGAAUUAUGUUAGUGAAGCAAACUACAUCGAGUUUGAUGACGUUAAGGUCGUUACACCAACCGGAAACGUAUUAGUGGAGGAUUUGAGCUUACGUGUUGAAACAGGUUCCAACCUUUUAAUAACAGGUCCAAAUGGUAGUGGAAAAAGCUCACUGUUCCGAGUUCUGGGAGGCCUUUGGCCUCUUGUUUCUGGCCAUAUUGCAAAACCUGGAAUUGGUUCUGACCUUAAUAAGGAGAUAUUCUAUGUUCCUCAACGUCCAUAUACAGCUAUUGGGACUCUACGUGAUCAGAUAAUAUAUCCUCUUACUUCCGACCAGGAGGUUGAGACUCUCACACAUAACGGAAUGGUUGAACUGCUUAAAAAUGUUGAUCUUGAGUAUCUAUUAGACCGUUACCCCCCUGAAAAGGAGGUAAAUUGGGGCGAUGAGCUAUCUCUAGGUGAGCAACAGAGAUUGGGAAUGGCCAGGCUUUUCUACCAUAAACCCAAAUUUGCAAUUCUCGAUGAAUGUACCAGUGCUGUGACAACAGAUAUGGAAGAGCGCUUUUGUUCUAAAGUAAGAGCGAUGGGGACAUCUUGUAUAACUAUUUCUCAUCGUCCUGCUUUGGUAGCAUUUCAUGAUCUGGUCUUGUCCUUGGACGGUGAAGGAGGCUGGAGUGUACAUCACAAGAGGGCAGAUUGCACUGCUGAUACUGAGCAUGAGUUCAAUAAUAAGAGGCAUUCGGAGUUAGGUAAAUUUAAGAUUUCUGAUGCCGAGCGCCAAAGUGAUGCAAUUACGGUUCAACGUGCAUUUGCAAACACAAAAAAGGAUACAACAUUUUCAAAUACCCAAUCCGAAUCAAUUUUUUCAAGGUUGUUAGCUACAUCUCCUUCAGCAGAUGUUGAUUCCAAGUUUCCUAUCUUUCCCCAGCUUAAGAGCGUUCCGAGGGUAUUGCCUGUGAGAGUUGCUGCCAUGUUUAAGAUACUGGUCCCAACAAUGUUGGAUAAACAAGGUGCACAACUCCUAACAGUUGCUUUACUUGUGCUGUCUAGAACUUGGAUUUCUGACCGCAUUGCCUCUUUAAAUGGUACAACUGUGAAGUAUGUUCUGGAGCAAGAUAAGGUUGCAUUUAUUCGAUUAAUUGGUGUUAGUGUCCUUCAAAGCGCGGCUUCUUCUUUUGUUGCACCAUCAUUGAGAAAUCUGACAUCUAUGCUGGCUCUUGGAUGGAGGAUUCGUCUGACCAAACACUUGCUGAAGAACUAUUUAAGAAAGAAUGCUUAUUACAAGGUAUUACAUAUGUCAAGAAUCAACAUGGAUGCAGAUCAGAGGUUGACUCAAGAUCUUGACAAGCUAACCACUGACUUGUCAAGUCUGGUUACCGGAAUGGUGAAGCCAACCGUUGAUAUCCUAUGGUUCACAUGGAGAAUGAAGCUUUUAACUGGACGACGGGGAGUUUCUAUAUUAUAUGCUUAUAUGCUAUUAGGUUUAGGCUUCCUAAGGUGUGUAACUCCGGAGUUCGGUGACCUACUAAGUCACGAACAACAGCUAGAAGGAACUUUUAGGUUCAUGCACGAGAGGUUACGGACACAUGCUGAAUCCGUUGCUUUCUUUGGAGGUGGUGCUCGAGAAAAGGAGAUGGUCGAAUCAAGGUUUAAGGAACUUCUUCAUCACUCUGCGCUGCUUUUAAAAAAGAAAUGGCUUUUUGGCAUAAUAGACGAGUUUAUCACAAAGCAACUUCCUCACAAUGUUACAUGGGGAUUGAGUCUUUUGUAUGCUGUUGAGCAUAAGGGUGACCGCGCUUUGACUUCAACUCAAGGUGAGUUGGCACAUGCACUAAGGUUCCUAGCUUCGGUUGUAUCUCAAAGUUUUUUAGCUUUUGGUGACAUACUUGAACUGCAUAGAAAGUUUGUUGAACUUUCUGGUGGUAUCAACCGAAUUUUUGAGCUGGAAGAGCUUCUAGAUGCUGCUCAAAAUGAUGAAGCCACUUAUGUUCCUCUGUCUUCGUCUUCUGAGAACAUUAUUUCUUUCUCGGAAAUGGAUAUCAUUACACCAUCACAAAAACUCUUAGCAAGGAAAUUAGUAUGUGAUGUAAUACCUGGGAAAAGCCUUCUCGUGACUGGCCCUAAUGGGAGUGGAAAGAGCUCCAUCUUCAGAGUCCUUCGUGGUUUAUGGCCGGUGGUUAGUGGAAGCCUUGUUAGACCAGGCCCACAACUUAAGUCAGGAUUUGGUUGUGGUGUUUUUUAUGUCCCUCAGCGACCAUACACAUGUUUGGGAACCCUAAGGGAUCAGAUUAUAUAUCCUCUGUCAGUCGAAGAAGCAAAGAGAAGAGCAUUAGCCUUGUUGACGACAGAAGAUAAAGAAUUGUCCACCGGAUCCCAUGACAUUCUUGAUUCUCAUUUGAAGACUAUUCUAGAGAGUGUGAAGUUAAUCUAUCUUUUGGAAAGGGAAGGGGGCUGGGAUACAGUUCCGAACUGGGAAGACAUUUUAUCCCUUGGAGAACAACAGCGAUUGGGAAUGGCACGCUUAUUCUUUCACAAGCCACAAUUUGGAAUACUCGAUGAAUGCACCAAUGCCACAAGCGUAGAUGUAGAGGAGCACCUUUAUAGACUUGCAAAGGACAGUGGCAUCACAGUUGUUACAUCUUCACAGCGCCCCGCUUUGAUACCCUUCCAUUCUUCAGAGUUGCGAUUGAUUGAUGGAGAGGGCAAGUGGGAACUCCGUUCUAUCGAGCAGUGAGUUGUGUGUCCCUCACAUAUAUACUCCUCUGUUCACUCUUAGCGUUCACUCAUUGUUAAAGUAAUCAAAACCGCAAAAUGGACAGUUAUAUGUGAAUGGAGGGAGUGUAUAUGUAUAGGUGAGUAUGUGGCAAAUGUCUACAAUAAACAUGAGCAUGGGAAUAAGUUCACAAUCUACACAGGACAAACGUUGUUAGGGGAUAUAGAAAAGGUGUUUGGUUUUAUUUAUUGUAACAUAGUAAAAAUUAUGUACAGUUGCCAUAUUAACUUAUGGUCCAAAAUGUUUGUCAUUUUUUCGUUGUAAAGGGAUUUCGGUGCUUUUUAUGAGCCGCCGUUAAUAAAAUUAUGAGAGAAAUUUGGGACAGUUGGAUGCGAACACAAUUGAUGAUUGGGUUGUCUAGUACUCCCGUCUCAAAAUAAUGUAUUUUUUUAGUAAUGAAUAUGUUGCUCUUGA